UCCCACCUCCCUUCACGUUGAGCCAACUCCUUCAUUCCAUCCUCUCAUGGCCUCCAUCACCAGCUCCGGCCUCCUGCACCCAUCUUCAGCCCCGAGCAAAGAAGAAGACCGCCGCGGCCGUGUGAUCUUUGACCCCUUUCUCCUCCAGAAAGAAACCAACGUGCCCAAAGAAUUCCUCUGGCCGCAGUCCGAGAGGCCUGAUUGUUUGGAAGAAGUCCAGGCCCCAGUGGUAGACCUCAAAGGAUUUCUCCAAGGAGAUGAGUCGUCCACCCGUCGUGCUGCUGAGAUCAUCCGACAAGCCUGCCUCGUCCAUGGCUUCUUCCAGGUAAUCAACCACGGCAUCGACCCGUCUCUCUGUCGUGACGCGAUGAGAAAUGCGGACGAACUUUUCAAACUCCCCCUGGAGACCAAGCUCAAGAUCCAGCGACAGCGUGGGAGCUUAUGGGGCUACACCGGAGCCCAUGCCGAUCGCUUUUCCUCCAAGCUGCCCUGGAAGGAGACGAUCUCCUUCGGCUAUGAUAACGUUGGAUCUAAGAAUGGCGUCGUCAGCUACUUCGUGUCCAGCCUUGGGAAGGAUUUUGAGCCAACGGGAUGGGUCUACGAGAGAUAUUUUGGAGCUAUGAAAGAGUUGUCUCUGAGGAUCAUAGAUCUUUUGGCGAUCAGUUUGGGGGUGGAUCGAGAGUAUUUCCGAGAAUACUUCAAGGACGGGGAGUCGGUGUCGAGAUGCAACUACUAUCCGUCGUGCCAAGUGCCGGAGGUGGUGCUUGGGACGGGGCCGCAUAACGAUCCGACCGGGCUCACGCUGCUGCUUCAAGACCAAGUGGGAGGGUUGGAGGUGUUCACGGAUGGCAAAUGGCAAGCAUUAAACCCGCAGCCGGACGCGCUGGUGAUCAACAUUGGUGACACAUUCAUGGCUUUAACCAAUGGAAUAUACAAGAGUUGCUUGCAUCGAGCGGUGGUUAACUCGCAACUCAAGAGGCAAUCAAUAGUCUUUUUUCUGUGCGCAAAAGGCGACAAAGUGAUCCGACCCCCAGAGGCACUGGUGAGCCAAGAGAAUCCACGCAAGUAUCCAGACUUCACCUGGUCGGAGCUGCUGAACUUCACUCAGAACUGCUAUAGAGCCGACGGUGAAACCCUACAAUGCUUCGCCCAACAGCUUUUAUCCUCCAAAGCAACAAAAUAGCUCCAGCCUUGGAUUUGGAGGCAACCCAGAGGGCUUAUAGAUGUGGAUGAUAUUUGAAUCAAUCAUAUGCAGAUGUGGAUGAUAUUUGAAUAAAUCAUAUGUUACUUUCAAUGGUAUUUGAAUAAUUCAUAUGCUACUUUCUA